AUGGCGGUGGCCUCUACAUCCCUGUUCUUUCUCUUUUUCCUUGUGGGUGUGAACAGUCGCCUGUCCGCUUGUGGUGUCCUCGGAGCCCAUGGGUCUGCUGCGGUCGCCAUGGUGGAGGUGGGCUCUCUCCUCACGGCGGUGCCCGGCCUCCACGACUUCGCCAAGGACGAGGCCCUGAAAAGGACGUACUUCUACCCGGCCGGGGACCCCGCCAGGACCCCCUCGGCCUGCAUCCUCAGGACCCCCGCCCGCUGCUUCCCGCUGCCUCGACUGACCCCCAAACCCUUCUCCAAAGAGCAGGGCCUCCGCUGGGGAGCCCCUGGCCCGUCCAGGCCUGGUCCCGCCGGGGUCCCCCAGGCAGCCUCGCAGGGCCCGGACGGCAGGAUGCCCAGCCUGGCCGGGCAGGAGGUGGGCGGCGGGGAGGCCGCCCGGGCCGGCUCAGCCUCCCCUCACAAGGCCUCCGAUCUGCGCCUGGACACCCACAUUGCCGGUCCCCCGGUGGGGACGGGCACCGGGGAGCCAUGUCUGGGGACCCGCGCAAGUGUCCCCUGCAAUCCUCCCUGCAGCUCCAGGCCCCAGCUGGCCACCAAGCCGGCCUUGCCCACUCACAAGCCCCCCGGGAACCUCCCCCGGCCGGCCUCUCUGUCCCUGGACGCCAGAUUGGCUGACCCCCAGCACGAGGAGGAGGGCCAUGCACCUGGGCCCCGGCUGCGACCCAGGAGGAGGCCCGUGUCCGCCGUCUUCACCGAGUCCUUGCUGCUUCCUGGGCCAGGCCCGGGUGGGGCAGCCCUCGGGGGGAAGCCGCCCCCCGCCCCUCCCGAGAAGACCUGGGUCAGGAAGCCCCGGCCCCUGUCGGUGGACCUCACAGGCCGCUUCGAGAGCAGGGAGGUCCUGCUGAGGAGGGGCGCCGGGCCCGAGCGCCGGGCCACAGAAGGGGCCAGUCCUGAGCCCACAGUGGACAGGCCAGGCACCGUCCCAGCGGCUUCUUCCCGGCUGGACCUGGACGCAGAUUUCUGGGAAGUGGCCAGGAAAAUCCAAGACCGGAAGGAGAAGAUGCUCUUGAAGCAGGCAGAGGCAGACAGCCCCAGAACCCGAGGGGGCCAUGCCAGGGCCAUCUCGGGAGGAGACCAGAGUCCUCAGGAAGAGAAAGACCGGCCGGACCCUGAGCCCGAGAAAGUGCCUGAGUCCCCUCCUGUCUGGCUAGGAAGAAGCCCGGGACCCGCCGAGGCCAAGAGCAAAAGUGCUGACCGGGAGGCCUCCGUGGGGGCAGAGUGGGUGCCCAUGCGCAGCGUCAAGAAACGUCUGAGCCUGUUUGGGGAAGAGAGGGCCUUGGCGCCGGCAGCAGGUUCUGAAGCCACCGUGGCCACCCCCGAGGUUCCGCUGGCAGCACCGAAGUUGGCGAAGGCAGGUGUGAGUGUCCAGGAGCGGAUCAAAGGCUGGGCAGCUGAGAGUGCCGAGGAGAAGGUGGAGAUCAGGAAGAGGGCGCUCCAGGCUCGGCCGAGGUCAGCCGAUUUGACCAAAGUGUUUUCAAGUUCGGCUCCCAGCAGCGAGAUCAGAUAUGAGAAAUGUGCUGCGCUGGGUGGAGAGCGGAGAGAAAAGCAGAAGAUGGAGAACAUCCCCACCCCACGAAGCCCCUGGAAGCCUGGGGACCCCCAGAAGGCGUCCAGACAGACAGAGUGCCACGCCGGCUCCAGCCGGGACCCGGACAGCCCUGGGCAGGCUUCUCGGGUCUCCCCUGAGGGCGAGGGAAGCUUCCAGACGGUGUGGGCCACUGUGUUUGAGCACCACGUGGAGAGGCACUCGGUGGCUGAGCAGGGCGCCCACCUCCCAGCCUGCCUCUCGAGUCCCAGAUCCAGGCCUGAGGGUGGAUCGUGGCUGCGCAAGGACCCACCGGCGGGCCAGGCUGCGCUUUCUGACUGUGUUCCCGGACCGUGUCCCGCGCCAGCACCGGAAAAGCCGACGGUGGGGGACAGCCGCGGCCAGGCCCCCCUCCCCAAGCACCCGGCCAGUCUCCCCUGGGUGCAGAGGGUGGAGCCCAGGCUGGACAUCGUGCAUGCCAUCGGGGACAAGGCUCACAGCGAGGCAGUGGCCACGGCUGUGGGGGACAAGGCGCUGACCCUGCGCAGUUCCAGGCCCCGGCGCUCGCUGCAGGGCCGGCGGCUGACCCAGGAGGUCAGCCCCGCUGCCCCCGAGGACGGGCCCGAGGCUCCGGUGGGCGCCGUGCACAGGGCCAGUUUGAUUUGGGAGGCUCGAGGACAGGAGAGCAUCGGGCCGAAGCUUGACUUCCAGGAGCCCGGGGCCGCCCCAGGGAGCAGUUGCUCGGCACCCAGGUGGACCGGCGGGGCGGGGGCACCUUGGCACAGUACCGCGGUGGCCCGCGCCCAGGAGCCCUGCUCUCGCCGGGACAUCUCCACCAAGGUGGCCCAAGCCACCCCUUGGGAGGCCCAGCGCCAGGGCCCGGACGGGGUUGGGCACAAGCCUGGAGCCGACCGGGCGCCAGCUCAGGGUGGCACCCCAGAGCCUCUGGCCUGGAGCAAGGACCAGGCCUGUGAACCCCAAGCUCGAAGACAUCCAGAGACCAAGGAGCCCCUCCCAGCUGCCUCGGAGGGCGACCCUCCGCCGGCCUGGGGGCCAGAGCCCGGGGUCAAGCUGCGGAAACCCCACCCCGGGGACCCCAAAAUGGACAGGUGGAGGCGGCGGACUCUGCCCCACGACACCAAGUUCGAUGUCUUCCACUUCCUCCCCCCAGAGAACUCGCACAAAGCGGAGCAGAGACGAACAGGCCCCCUGUCCCCCCCGGCGGGCGCCCCCCAGAAGCCCCCGGAGCCGCGGGGGGUGACCGCAGGCCCCUCGUGGUCCCCCGCCUCGCCAGGGCCCCUGGGGUCACCCGGCGAGCCCCCGGCCACGUUUUUUGCCGUGACCUACCAGAUUCCUGAUACUCAGAAGGCGAAGAGCAUGGUGAAGUUGGGGCUUGAGAACUUGCCGGAACAUUCUCGAAAAACAGCCCUGGCUGCGUCCCCUCUUGCUUUCCCUUCUGCUGUGGUUUCUCCAAGUCAGGAACAGCCCUCGGGGCCCCCGGGCAGCAAACCCCGGGCUCAGGGCAACGGAGGCGACCACGCCACCACGGCGCCCAAGGCUAAGAAGGCCACGGAGCGUCCCUGGUCCGUGGGGGACGGGGUUCGGGACUGGGCCGGGGACAGGCCGCUGGCCAUGGGCGCUCUGUGGAUACCCCCGGGCUUGCAGGACGGCUCUGCACCCCCAAACCCCAAGAAAGACAGCUGGCAUCAGGGGACCCCGAGCACCCCGAGUGGCCCCCAGGCCUCUCCUGACCCGAGAAGCCAGUGGCAAGCCGGCGGGCAGCCGGGCAGGAGGAAGACCAACGUGAUCAGUGACACUUUCCCUGGAAAAGUGAAAGAUGCCUACAGGCCCAGCGUCCUCGACCUUGACGCCCUGAUGGCCGAGUACAAGGCCAAGACCGCCAGCGCCGCCGGCCAGCCCCGGGCCCCGCCGCCCAGCCCCACGGAGGAGGCCGGCGCCUGGCCCCCGGAGAGGCCGGCCCGGCCCGGCGGCGUGGCUCCCGAAGCUCGGGGUGCCUGGAAACGAGCCAGCGUGGCCCAGAUGGCAGACAGUCCCACCUUUGGCCCCAACAAGCCGCAGAUGGGGGACCCGGGGCCCCCCAAGUUCACCUCGCCCUUGUGGGGCCCGCCCCUGUCCGUUCCCGCCCAGGCCGCUUCCAGCCCCCCGAGGAAAGUCUCUGCCCUCACCCAGGAAGGACAGGGCGCGGUGGCGACCAUGUCCCAGAGCCAGCCGGCCGGGGCGAAGCCCCCUGGCGGGGAGGAUGCGGCCAGUGGGACCCGGGUGGCCCCCAAGUCACCCCCCGCCAUCACCCCACGGACACCCAGCAGGCGGGGGCAGGGGGACGGCCUGGCCCCGUGGAGCGGCCCCCCGAGUGAGCCCAGAAGACCGCUGGAUGUGAAGGGGGCCUGUUCCGAGAAGGGGCCCCCUGCCAGGGUCCAGGAGGCCGCGCAGAGGUGGCCCGAGCAGCCGAGGGGGAGGCCCGGCCUCCCCCCAGAGCGGCCCGAGGCCCAGGCGGGGCCGUGCCGGCGGGAGCCCCCCACUCCGGACAGCCAGCCGGUGUCCCCGUGGGAUGUGGGCCGCGGCGGCGGCCCCCGGGGCAGUGAGCAGCCCCUCCGCACGCUGUCGCCAGGGGCUGCCGGACCCCGGAGGAGCCAGAGCCUCUGCCAGGACCAGCGGGCUGUGCUGUGCGUGGACCAGCUGAAGCAAUGCUUCUCCCGGCGGAGCCCCGAGGCCAAGGACACGGACACCCUGGUGCAGGCCGGGGGCGGCCAGGACAGCGUGUGGGCCGAGCCGCGUGCCCGUGGGGACAGCUCCUGCGUGCUUGUGACCAGUGCCCACAGCUCGGACGCGUUCAGGGGUGGGGCGGGCUCUCGCCCUCACAGGCCAUGGAGACUGGGGGAGGAGGGCUGCGUUCCGGCCCCCAGGUCUGUGUGGGUUCCCUGUUCUGGUGAUGAAGAGCCUGAGGGCUGCCGGGGGCUCUCGGAAGAGGGGAAGGAGGGGAAGACGCAGCCAGGCGUCCACACGGCCCUGAGCCCCGGCCCCGUGGCCUGCGCCCCACGCCUUGCUCCCCCCUCUCCCCACACCCCACAGCAGACCUCGGUCCUGGACUCCAGCGCUCUGAAGACGCGGGUGCAGCUGAGCAAGCGCAGCCGCCGGCGCGCGCCCACCCUCGGCCACGCCCUGCGCAGCCGCUCCGGGGAGGCCGGGGUCCCCACCCCCGUGGAGGAGGAGGCCGACAGCCUGUGGAUGUUCAAGGACUCUACAGAAGAGAAAUCGCCCCGGAGGGAGGAGUCAGAUGAGGAGGAGAACCCGGCCAGCGCGGAGCGGACGCCGGCCGGCCCCCUGCACAGGACGCCCGCCUUCCCGGGCCUGGACCCCGCGGCUCUCAAGGCCCGGCUGCACGGUCCCAGCGAGACCCCCGGCUGGGCCCCCAGGACCCCCAAGUCCCCCUUCCAGCCUGGAGUGCUGGGUGGCCGUGUGCUGCCCUCCAGUGUGGACAAGGAUGAGAGGUCGGAAGAGCCGUCUCCCCAAUGGCUAAGGGAGCUGAAAUCCAAGAAGAGGCAGAGCCUGUGUGAGAACCAAGCCUGACCAGGUGUGGGACACUGCCAACCUAAUCAACAGAAGCCUUAACUGUGACCAUCAGACCCCUCGGAGGAGGCCACAGCCACGUUCCUCCCUGCUCCAAACGUCAUGUGCCUGGGCCCUUCCGUGGUCUGCAGACCACCUCACACAGGAAGGCCCGCCCUCCGCAGUCCCCUGCCGGGCCCUGCAGACAGCACUUGUGGCAGGGCGGUGCACGUGCGUCAUCCUGGCCGCUCAGGAGACCCAAGCGGGGCUGGAUCUCAGGUUCAGUGCCAGCCAGACCUGGGCCUACCUACGGAGACCCUAUCUCAAAAAGACGAGUUUGCAUCUCUACCUUGUUUCGACGCCUUCCGUGGACACCGGGCCGUCGCCCGGGGCUGGACCCGCCCCUGCGUUCCUCUGAAGACACCUGCUCCUCCCCGGCAGGGCUCUCUGGAAGACAUUGCUAAGGGGGCUCCAACUGUGUCCGUCCUGCGGGGGUCUCGGCCCAGGACACUGCCAUGGGACUUUUGAUUGAUUUUUUUUAAGUCUCUUUUCAGCAUCUGAAAUGGAUUUUCCUUUCCAGCAGGCGGGGCGCUGCGGGUACCCUGCUUGUUGGCUUUUGGAGGCGAUGAAGCAAUAAUUCAGCCAAUCCUCUUUGAAACUUGACAAUGGACACUCGCUAGAUUAGACGAUGACGGGGAGACGGCAGUUCGCGUCCUGGGUUUCGCAGUGUCCGCUUGAGGUUAUCUUACUCUUCUCUGAGCUGCCGAAAAGUCGUAACUGUCCCCCAGGCUUUUUGCACGGGGGGCUCUGAUUUCUGGGCGGAGACCUUUGUCCCUCAACAUCUCGGUUCACAAAUGGCAGCCACAUUACAACUCCAUCAUCUUAUUCGAAGCCCUUUUUGGGGGGAGCGAAGGGUUCCCCAGACCAGAGACUCUAAGCAGAGGUACCAGAGGAGAGGGGAAGGGAUGUGAGGCUCAGCUCGCCUCCUUUCUUGUUUGUCUGUUCUUGCUGACGGUAAGCUCUGAGGAGUGGCUAAUACCUCUGGGGACUCCAGACACCUCUACUCUGUCCUUCCUUUUGGGGACUCAUAAGCACCAGCCUCCUGUACCCCCAAACCCAGGUCCGUAAAGACGUCUCACCUAUUCCUGCCCGGCCUGGGGUUGCUAUCUGCCGGGUGCCAACCUUGCCCAGGAGACACAACCCGGGGAGGCCCUGGGGUGGCCUCAGGCUGGGCAUCCUGAUGGACCUGUGCAUGGUGCUCAUUAGAGCCCUCCACAGGGUCUCCCCCGCCCCGCCCCCACCCCUCCCGACUUCCCGAGACAUGGAGCCUGCCUUGGUCAUUGCGCUACAACAAGCGUCAAAACUCACCCUCUUUCCCCCUGCCCACCUCCCCACGUCUCCAUUUCCCACUCUGUCAUCUCUCUUUUCUUGCUUUUCUCCCGCUCAGGUGGGGUGGACAGGGAUAGCAAAUCCUGAUUUCCUCCAGGCUCAGCAAACACCUGUGUGUAGCACCACGGACAGCGGUGCCAGGCAUGCAGGUGUGCACGCAUGCACACGCACGUGUGCGCACACACACACACAUACACACACCCCUGCUGCCCCUAAAAGCCCCAUCACCUACCCAGCCUCGCUGCCCCAGCUCAGUGCCAGCUUGCAUUUCCUUCCUUUCCUAAAUUCAGGGCCAGUCGGUUCCCUGUAGCCGUUAGGGGAAUGGGAUUCCACAGCAACGCUUGCUUUGUGUAUCUGCUUUGAAGACCCAUUCUGUGCUUGCUCUUCAAUGGAUUUUGGCAGAGUGGCUUUCUGAGCACAUGGCUGGUGUUUGACUCCCACACCCUCUCCUUCCCCCGGGGGUAUGAGAUUGUCCUGUGUGCCCUGCAGGAUGCUUCGUGUCCAAGGAGCUGUGUCUUUGUCCCAGUGAGGAAGACACCCACUCGGAAGUGAGCUGGGCCUCGGGCAUCCUUGCACGGCUCGGCUGGCGGCAGACAUGUUUGAUUCCAGGUGGAUUGGUUGUAUCCAUCGCCUGGAACCCAGCCAGGGUCUUUGUGACCUCUGAGGCCCUCUGUGGCUCUUCCUCCCACAAUUCAGGGUGCUGGUGACCCCUGAGGGGCCCUGCGAAGACCCAGGCGCACAGAUGAGC